UUGACAUCUUUUCUUUUAGGCAAUGUAUAACAAGAUCGCUGGUUUCUUAGUGAAAGUUUAGAAUUUCGUUCAGGAUAUUUACCAGUACGCCGGAAUUCUGUUCAAUAACUGUUUUGUAGAUUAAUUUCUCGUUUCUUCGGAAAGUUUAGGAAUUCUACGGCAACUUUUUAACAAAUGUGAUCACCAAUUUGUCUGAUAUCAAGCCAGUGUGGCAAUAACUGAAACUGACAUUUAUUAGCGCAAAGUGAUUUUUGGAAAUAUAAUUUUCAUUAGUGCGCUCCGUCAGUUGCCAACGGAAUAAAAACGGACGAAAUUGACAAAAACGCUAGUGUUUAAUGAAGAUAAUCUAUUUUGCAAGAAAAUGGAUGCAUGGUUGACGUUUUGAUACUGAAAGGUGUUUUGCCACAGUGUUCAUUGUGUACAUAAAAUCCAAGGCUGAAACCGCCAAGGGCACGAUUUGACUCUCGCCUCGCCUGUCCGUUCAUCAAUCAGUCACACAUUAGGUGAUCGACAGACGCAAUCGAACGUUUCUUAUUGACAUCGCUAAUUAUCACCAAUACCUAUGUAUACUCAUAAAACUUAUAUAUGAGUGAACUGCGGAUCGGUGAUCGCGCCAAGAAUUGUAUGUGUAAUAUUUACACAAUUGUUUUAAUAAGGGAAUUAUUUGUUGUCGUUUAAAUAAAAAUCGCAUUUUUGCGUCACAUGAAUACCCGUUAAUCGAGCACAUAUUGGCUGGAUAUUUCUUUUUGAAAACGGAUUUUGUUGCUUAGUGAAUGGGAAGUGUGAUCCCCAAACCUGGAUAUACGGCACCCCAUGACUCUUCCGAUGCUGCGGAUCCUGCCGCCACCCUGGGACUUCCGGUUGAUGACCUCCAACUCCCAGCGGGAGGCGGCCGAGCGCUUCGUCAGCGAUAAGUACGAGUCCAUCCAGCGGCUGGCCAUGGUCCCAGCGCAGCCUCCACGCAAUCCAAACAAACCAUACACAUCUUUUAGAAUAAACGAUAUUCUCAAUUCGAGCGCCUGCAGCCCGGAUGUGUCCCCUCAAAGGCGGCCGCAUCGUCCUUCCAGCAGAAAUCCUCGCGGCGUGGAAUCACCACCGAAAUCAGCGGAUACAGAACAUAACAGACUUUAUAAGUUACAAUCUCAACACAGGCACCAGCAAAACUUGAUACGUUACCCGCAUGCCCAAAAACACAAUGGUAGUUCAAAACAUACAAACAAUAACAAUCGUGAUAUAGUUCACAGGGUGGCUCCACCACCACCUCCACCGCCAGCCCAUCUGCGGAUCGUGAGGCCGUGGGACGCCUCCCCAUCACCCGGCCGCACCUCGGAGGCAUCUUCAGAUGCGGACGACGAAGAAAUCACAGUAGACGACGAGGACGCAGGGCCGCCGAAGCAGCGGACCGCCUCCCUCAAAGAUGUCUCGCCCUUGGACGCUCUUAUGGAGAUGGCAAACAAGACUUUUCAAGGCCUCGAGACCUCGGAGGCUGCAGACGCCAAAAGACGAGAGCAGGCGGCACUGUUUGGGAAGCACUCAGCUCCUAAGAAGCGCCGGAAGUCGCGGACGGCAUUCACAAACCAACAAAUUUACGAGCUGGAGAAGCGCUUCCUGUACCAGAAAUAUUUGACGCCCGCCGACCGUGACGAGAUCGCACAAAAUCUUGGUCUAUCGAACGCACAGGUGAUAACAUGGUUUCAAAAUCGACGCGCAAAGUUAAAACGUGAUCUUGAGGAACUAAAAAAUGACGUAGUAGCUACCAAAGAGCUGUCCACAAAGUCUGGCUCCUCCGAUAUGGAGUUUAGUAUUGACUCCGACAUUGAGUGUUCAUCUGUGACGGACGCCAGGCCGCCUCAAAUCUCCCCAAAAGGGAACCGGAGCGAGAGCCGCUCACCGGAACCGCACGAACACUCUCCGGCGGCCGGCGAGGCGUCCCUCUGCUCUCCCAAAAAUGGAGGCGGGGAGGAAUGUGACUCUCCUGGAGAAAUUGUGGUAGAUGACACAGAUGAUAUUCACGCGGAGCAACAUACAUAGUGAUGACGUCAUUGUUGGAAUUAACUUUUAAUGACGUCAAUAUGGAAUUUAUUUUGUGUCUUUAGAAAAAACAAAUUUCUUGCGCCCAAGCGCUGGAAAGGAAAGAAUAGAAUCUUGCUUUCAAAAAGUUAUAAUUAUAUUGAUACGCAUUUUUAAGGAAUACAUGUUUUACGUGCGUUAAGCAUUUAUUUGCUUGUGUUACAGUAUAAAGAAUUUUCAAUGUCAAAGAGAAGUCAUAUUAUAAAAAAAAUUUUUUUUAUAUCGAACGGACCACAAUUGUUUUGCAUCUUUCAGGAAAUUUAAAUUGUCAUUAUUCUUUUAACAUGUAAAUGGCAUUUGACGGAGUGUUUAUUUAAAUAACGCAAAAAAUAGUUUUUAGAAAAUUAUCAUUAAUACCUUAAUUAAUACUUUAUUUAGCUUUGUUUUUCUUUAAUGUUUGGCUACAGCAGCAAUAUAAAUAAUAACAAUAAGAUGUAAAGGAUUGUUUAUUCUUCAGUGGCGAUGUAACUUUCCGAAAUACUCCAUAAAGAAAGCCUAAACUUGGAAAGUUAAAUAGCAUUCGAAUAAUUCCAUAAUUAAUAUUGAACGAUUCAUUUGUUCUUUAAUACUAUCAGUUAAAAAAUCAUUUAUUUGAUGAAAAAACAUUGAGAAAAAAAAACGCAUAUUAUACAUACAUUGUAUAUCACCGUAAGGAAUGAGAAAAUAGCUAAACGCUAAUAUCAUUACCACUUUCCCUCAGUUUUCUAAUAUAUUGCAAUAAACAGCCUUUACAGUAUAAGAAAUAUAGUAAAAUUAAAAUUAAAAUUUGAAAAUGGCAUUGCAUAAAUUAUGAAAUUAUGCAUUUUUAAUACAAUUGUUUUAUCAAUAUGAUGAUUAUUUUGUUGAACGUUUGUUUUCUUCAGAAAUUUAUCAUUAUGUUCAGUGAAAUUCCACGGACGUUACUGUUCUCUGUGCUUUAACUAUAUUGUCCCGAAGUGAGUGUAUAUAUUAUUA